AUGGACACUGACAGGAUUCUCUGUAGAACUGAACAAGGACCAUGCACGCUCGAGCAACAUAUCCGUGAGUUUUUAGCUAUCGCAAACUAUUCUACCCUGCCGGACUGCAUCAUUAUUGAAAUCUUUUGUGAUGGCGUUAAUGAGCCUCUAAAGGCCAGACUCAGACACGAGGGUCCGCGUUCAUCACUUGCGGAAUUUCUAGACUUUGCUCUGUUGUGUGUGGGCUCUCCAUUUAUCGUGGGUGUCGCGGAGAAGGAGCGCGAUGCCACGGAACCGCUGACCGCCUGGAUUGCCCAGGAAAUGGUGGCCAUGUCGGAGCGCGCUCGAGCAAUGGUGGCGACAGCAGUGCCCGUUCACAAAAUGGCGGCUGCGCCGGAGCGUGUUCAUAAUCUGGCAGCGACAACAGAGGCCAAGCACAAAAUGGCGGCAACUGCGGUGCCCGUUCGCAAGACGGCGGUGACGCCAGUGUGCGCUCACAAAAUGGCGGGGACGGAGGAGCCCGUUCACAAGAUGGCAGCGAGAAUGGAGCUUCAUCACGUCACAGCUGCUAUACCAGAGCCGUCCCAGUCCAUUAUGCGGGUUCCUGCUCUAACCAUUGGGUAUAUACUCAGUAUAUUACAGACACUGGAUUAUGAGAGCAGUCCUCCGUGUGGCACACCUGUACAGCAAAACCAAGGCCCAGACAUGAAAUGUCCAGAUGAUGUAUUGCGUUUGUUGGCAAGUAGGGUAGAUGACAGCAAGGAUUUCAAGAUCUGUGUUUCUCGAACUGACUUCUAUCAAAGAGCUAUGGUACAGUGGCAAAGACAAAAGAGAGGAACCCCGGGCAAUACUUUGCGUGUAACAUUUUUGGGGGAAGCGGGUGUUGACACAGGUGCCAUUCGUAAGGAAUUUCUUUCAGAUUUGAUUGGUGAGAUUGAGAAACACCUCUUUGAGCAUAGAGGACACCAGAGAGGGAAGAGCCCCAUCUACUCCCUAAGUAAUCUGGAGAAGGGAUUUUUUAGGACUGCUGGAGAGGUGUUUUCUGUUAGUCUCGCUCAGGGUGGGCCUGCCCCCCGUUUCUUGAGGCCGUGGUGCUUUGAUUAUCUCUCAUCUGGAGACUUGGAUGAAUCAACUCUCACUAUAGAUGAUGUGGAUGAUGCUGAACUUUAUAAUUUGAUUAAAAAGGUGGAGGAAGAAGAAACCGAUCUCUCUGCAUGGAAUGAUCAAAUAAUUAACUGUGGUUUUACUGGGGCCAUUAAACCUGAGAACAAAGAGGCCAUAAUAAGAUCUAUUGUGCUGCAUGCAACUCUACGUUUGGUCCCUUUGUUGAAGCAAAUCCGAAAAGGUCUUGAAGUCUACAAUUUUGUGGACAUCCUGGAAAACCAUUCAGGACUUUGCCAACAGUUCUUUGUCCCUGGUGUGGUGGAUGAUGAUGAUGAUGAUGAUAAGGCUGAUGCAGACUUCAUCAUGCAGAAUAUUCUUCCGAAAAUGUCGGAGAAGGGAUCAGUACGAGAGACUUAUGAAACAGCUAUAAUCAACUUUCUGCAAGACUUUCUCCAAGAAAUUGAAAGCUGUGGUAUGUAUGAGUUGAUUUAG